AUGAAAACAAUCAUUUUAUUCUCACUUGCAUUCAUCUUCACAGCCUAUUCAGCCCCUGCUCCUGCUCCCGUGCUCGAUUUGAGUGGAAAGCCCCUCCGCACAGGGGCCGGAUACAUAAUAAUUCCAGUAGAUAACCUUGUAAAUGGCGGACUCUAUGUGAGGGACUUAGGCAAAAAGUCUUGUAAACCUGGAGUUGUACUAUCCUAUAACGAGGAGGCUGGCGUACCGAUGACUUUCACUCCCGUCAACCCCAAGAAAGGCGUUAUCCGUCUUUCCACAGACGUUAACAUACAGUUCUCAGGCUCCACUACUUGUGAUCAGUCAAACGUAUUGAGGUUGAAAUAUGAUAAAGGUAUGAAGCAAUAUACUGUGAUGGUGGGAGGUGUUGAAGGAAACCCUGGACCAGAGACAUUGGAUAACUGGUUUAAGAUUGAGAAAAGUACUAUUGACGACGCUUAUAAGUUUGUUUACUGUCCGACUGUCUGCAGCUACUGUAAUGUUACGUGCAGCGACGUUGGAAUCGUUGAAGACAAAGAUGGUUUCCGACGUUUGGCACUCAGCAAUGACCCAUUUUCUUUCAUCUUCUACCCUUAAGACUGAGAAAACUAAUGUUGGUUAUAAGUUUGCUUACGAUGGAAUCCGUGCUCGAAUAAAUUAAAUAUGUAACCACCAACCUUAAUUACGGUUUAUCUCUGAUUGAAUAAAAGUGCAUGGGUUUAUAUAUGUGUGGAAC